GGGUUGAAUCAGGAAAAACAUAUUAAAUAAAACGCUCUUGCCGUGUAAUGACAUUUCGUUAAUUUACAUUAUUCUUUCAGUUCAUCACCACUUAUUCAGUAGUUAGUUGUGUUGUCGUUGUUGACAGCAUUAGUGUUUACUUCGAUGAUGUUCAUUUGAAAUUAUGAUGCUAAGGUGACCUGUCCUUAUCUACUUUGCAACAUCCCAGAAACAUGAAGAGAUCAGCCGGAGGGAGUCAUCAAGAACCGCUCUCUCGCAGGCGGCGUUCUCAACAAUCUGUGACUAACAACAGCGCAGUAUCCUACCAUCAUGAUCACGACCAUUUACCGCCAUUCAGACCAGCGUUGAUUCGUGCCUUGUCAAACCCUACAGAUUCUUCAGAGACCAACUCACCGAUGAUCGCACCAUCCAAUCACCUGCACCAGCAUUUUCUGAUGAGCCCAUGUCAUUCCCCAUCAUCGCCACUACACACACACUUUUUCCCAGGUGGUAUACACUACAACCAGACAACAGGACACCAUCACAAUUCGACUAGCUUUAUUCCAGUUCAGAGACAACCACCUCUAUCCGUGCCUAAUUUAAACCCUUCACCAACCGCAGGAACCAUGCUAAUCCCAGUGUCGGGCCCAGCUGGAGGGUCACAUUCAUCCGCUGCAUGCAGGAGUAAUUCUCACUUAGCUAAUUUGCAUAUACCUCGUCGACUGUCUCACUCGGGUAGACCGCAAUCACCUUUAUAUUCCCCUAUUCCUGCCCCGAGUCCUACAAUGAGCCCAGCGAUUCCUCAGAACGGUAUCUUCUUCGGAAGUACAAACCCUGCGAUUGCAGUAAACAAGACCAUUCCUGUAAGAAGUAUGACACCAACGCGUAGAGCAUCUUUCUCUGACCUCUCUAGCAAGCCAAGUGCAAUGACUGAUGAAAACCCUUUCUACCAUAUUGCAAGAGGUUUACCGGUGGUACAUAGAUCCACACUUCCAGUGCACUGUCAGAACAAAUUCCGAUCUAUGAACGAUGCAUCGUUGAACCACAAUGAAGUACCAUCAACCAGUAGGUCCAGAUUACCUCACCAGUUGAGGGAGCAAAGUUCCAGUAGCCACGAAGCUCAUUCAGCUGCAAGACCCACUGGUGCAACAGUUCCUGAUGUCAAUCAUCUACAUCAUCCAUCAAGUUCCAGGGCAACACGCAGAACCAGGUCGCAUUCCCUUUCGUUAGCUAUGCUCUACAAUCAAACCAACCUAUCUGAGGAAGAUACACAUAAUUUAACCAUGUCACAAGGAGCUUCGGCGUUACAAGUAUCAUUUAGCAAAACGCCAAAGUCUUCCUCAAGUGUUUGUCCACCUUCUGAAAGUGCCUCAACAACACAAUGCCCUCUAGAACAAUUAGAGGAUGACACAUCGAAUCCUUUCAAAACUGUUCGCAAAGCUGGGCCCUAUUUGUUAGGCCCGAGAUUGGGGUCAUCACCAGUUAAAAGUAUUGUUCAGUGCCUGGCCCGAAAGCAAGGAUCCAGGGAUUUUUAUUGCAUUAAGAUUUUGACAAUAUCUAACACCAAAGAAACAAGUGACGAUGAGAGACAAGGCAAGAUGCUACUCCAUACGGAAUAUUCCCUAUUGUCUCUGUUGCACAAUCAGGAAGGAGUAGUGCAUCACCACGGCCUUUUCCAAGACAAAGCCUUUGUACCAAAGCAUGCGGAUUCAACUAGGAGUAAGAAGUUAGUAGGAAGUUACAAACAACGCUUAUGUCUCGUUCUCGAUUGCUUAGUAGCUCACGAUUUUAGCACAACAACUUCUCAGUACAUCAACCUUCAGCACUAUGUUAUACGGGAAAAGAAACUCUGCGAGAGAGAAACAAUUGCCAUAUUUUAUGAUAUUGUGCGUAUCGUUGAAAGUCUUCAUAAGAAGAACAUUGUGCAUCGUGACCUCAAGCUUGGCAAUAUGGUUCUAAACAAGAAAACCCACCGAAUUACGUUAACAAACUUUUGUCUCGGAAAACACCUUGUAUCUGAGAAAGACCUGUUAAAGGAUCAGCGUGGAAGUCCAGCUUACAUCAGCCCAGAUGUCCUUAGUGGUAAACCAUACCUGGGUAAGCCAAGUGACAUGUGGGCCCUGGGUGUCGUUCUAUUCACGAUGCUAUUUGGUCAGUUUCCAUUCUACGAUAUUGUUCCAGAUGAGUUAUUCCGCAAAAUCAAGGCAGCCGAGUUCACAAUCCCAAAUGACGGGCGUGUGUCUGAGAGUAAUUGUGCGUUGAUCCGUGGUCUGUUGGUUCUUGAUCCAGCGAGGAGGCUCACCGCAUCACAGGUUCUUGACGCUUUGUCAAACACGCUAUCAGUAUGGAACAGCAUGAGAUCACAGGGAGAUGCACUCCAAGUAGUUCCUGAUAUUGAUGACAUUGAAGAGUUAGACAAGGAAGAGACGCAAGCCUCCAUUAGCGAACUUGAAACCAAACUCAAAGAGUCCGAAAGAACGAUGAAAACAGAACAGAAAACCGCCGUUGCUGUGCGGAAGAUUGCCUCGCACAUCACUAUGCCACAGAUCAGACGAGUUGAAGAAGAUGCUCGACCUCUGACCCAAGCAGAAAUGCUUAAUCACCGACACAUCAUUUCUCAGUAAAUAAAUGGCUCUGAAAUAGUUUUACGAAGUAUAUGUAUAAAAAAUAUAGUAUAUGAAGGAUAAUAUAAUUAUGACAACUUCCCAUUCACUUCAAAAGCAACAUGAACUUCUCUAUGAAUUAUUUAAUGUAAGGGAUGGUGACUCAUUCCUGGCUUUAGUAGGAAGAAUUAUAUGGUAACUUAUAAAAUAAUAAUAAACAUAAUUUAAUAUAACAAUAUGAUAAAUUAUCAUCAAUUUAUAAAAAGGCUAUUGAAACACCAGAAUGACCCAUUAACAUUUAAAUUAAAUUUUUUUUUUUAUUUUAUUACCUAAAGGAAAACUAAUUUUAAAAUAAAAUUUAAUAAGGCUUGUGUAAGGCUCUCAAAAAAAGGUAAGAAAGUAAAUACGGUAGUUAAUAAAAACAAUUGCAUUUAUAUAUUCCAUAUAUAAUAAUAAUUUUAAAGAAUAAAAGUGUUUGAUAAAUUUCUUUAUCAAAUGGCAUGGAUAUUAUAUUAAUUUGGCACGUGCAUGCACCUCUAAUCAUGAUUUAUGCACAGAGAGCUUUACACCUGUGCCAAGCAACUGACAUACACCCAUCAAAAUAUUUGAAUUUUCUUAGUAUUUGUACCAAUUUCAUUUAAAACCAUCAUGUGUAUGUUGUGGCUGUUCAUAAGCACUUCACGUUUAUGAAAGUAUAUUUUUGAAAUUAUGAUCAUGUAUUUGUUUAUUUCUAAUUCUUAUUCAGUGCUAUCCAUCAUGGUUACUAAUAUCAUCUUUACUUUAUUAUAUAUUGUAUUCUUUUAAAAAUUGUUUCCGAAAUAAUAUCUGAAAUAUGUUUAAUCAUAGAAUAAAACAAUGAAACAAUUCUUAUAUAAACAUAUCAGCUGAUCUGAAAGCAUUUAAACUUUUCAACAAUUAAAAAUAACAUUAACUAA